GAUUUCCAUUUCCCUGUCGUGGCAGGCGAAGAACACGGCCGGGGAGCAUUUUUAUUUUUCCCAGAGAUAUAGAAUAAAGCCGCAUGGUGUGCGACUCGCCUAAAACGCCAUCGCGAAGCAUUAAUUUGACUGCAAGUCGCGGCCGGCGGAGGAUUUUUGCUCGAAUAUACCUUUACUGUGCAGUGUGCGUAACUAUUGCGCUUAGCGAGGAUACGGCCGCUGCCUGGACUUUUUCCCCUUCUUUCUGCUUUUUUUUUUUUUUAAUCGCCUUUAAUUGCGAUAAAAAGCAGCAGAUCGCAGUGAUCGCGGACGAGGGGACCGCACGGAUUCCUGAAUGUCUGGAUGAAGCAAAGUAGCAUAAGAGGGCGCCUCUCCAUUCUCUCUGAACCCCUGAGCACUAGAAGUCAGAGUCAAAGCAUCCGUCUGAUGUCACCGGGAAGGGUUGCCGCGGAGACCUUGGCCGCUGCAUGAUGGCCGACUGACUCGGCGCGACCUGCGAAUGCCAAGUACGCAUCCGAGGGUGGGGCCUGCCUCAGUCUCGAACGAUUGCCUGCUGGAUGGAAUUGAGGUGAAUGGAACACAUGCCCAAGGAGCAGGACCCUAACUUAUCAGAGGGGGAAGAAAAACGGUGGCUCGAUGGCCCAAAAAGGAAGAGGAAAAACAGCCAGUGUUCGGUGAAGGGCAUGUCUGGGUACAUCCCCAGUUACCUGGAGAAGGAUGAGCCAUGCGUGGUAUGUGGGGACAAGGCCACUGGGUACCACUACCGCUGCAUCACCUGCGAGGGCUGCAAGGGCUUCUUCCGCCGCACCAUCCAGAAGAACCUGCAUCCCUCUUACUCCUGCAAGUAUGACGGCUGCUGCAUCAUCGAUAAGAUCACGCGGAACCAGUGCCAGCUGUGCCGCUUCAAGAAGUGCAUCGGAGUGGGCAUGGCCAUGGACCUGGUGCUGGACGACUCCAAGCGAGUGGCUAAGCGGCGGCUCAUCGAGGAGAACAGGGAGCGCCGGAGGAAGGAGGAGAUGGUGAAGAACCUACAGAACCGACCCGAGCCCUCCAGCACCGAGUGGGAACUGAUCCGCUUGGUAACAGAGGCCCAUCGCCACACCAAUGCCCAGGGUUCCCACUGGAAACAGAAACGCAAGUUUCUGCCGGAAGAUAUCGGCCAGUCCCCCGUGGCGCCCACGUCCGACGGGGAUAAGGUGGACCUGGAGGCCUUCAGCGAGUUCACCAAGAUCAUCACCCCCGCCAUCACCCGCGUUGUCGAUUUUGCCAAAAAACUGCCCAUGUUCUCUGAGCUGCCUUGUGAAGACCAGAUCAUUCUGCUCAAAGGCUGCUGCAUGGAGAUCAUGUCCCUGCGGGCGGCUGUACGCUACGACCCCGAGAGCGAGACGCUCACCCUCAGCGGCGAGAUGGCGGUCAAGCGCGAGCAGCUGAAGAACGGUGGCCUGGGUGUGGUGUCUGAUGCCAUCUUUGACCUGGGCAAGAGCCUGGCGCAGUUCAACCUGGACGACACAGAGGUGGCUCUGCUGCAGGCUGUACUUCUCAUGAGUUCCGAUCGCUCUGGCCUCACCUGCACAGAGAAGAUCGAGAAAUGCCAGGAGACGUACCUGCUGGCUUUCGAACACUACAUCAACUACCGCAAGCACAACAUUCCUCACUUCUGGCCCAAGCUGCUGAUGAAGGUGACGGACCUGCGAAUGAUUGGGGCCUGUCACGCCAGCCGCUUCCUGCACAUGAAGGUGGAGUGUCCCACCGAGCUCUUCCCCCCACUCUUCCUGGAGGUCUUUGAGGACCAGGAGGUCUGAACCAGGGAAGCUGGGGGGGGCGGAA